GCGGGCAGCAGCCAUUUGCCCCGCAGAACGAGUCUCGGAGAAGCGCAGCAUCUUGGCGCUGCCGGUCCCUUCCCUCCGGGCGGGGAGGCCCGGCCCGACCCGGCCCGGCCCCGGGGACGCCGGGGGGCCGCCUACGGGGCGUCGCGGGCCGCUCCUGUAAGCCGGCCACAGCGGAAGCGCCCGGCCCGGUGCCGCCCUGCAGCUCUCCCCGCCCUGUGCGGCCAGGGCGCCACGCGGCUGCCCUCCGCGGGCUGCUGCAGCGGCGGAACCUUCAAACCCGUGCCCAGGGCGCCGGCCGGAGCGCCGCGGGAACACAAAGGGGGCCUCUGGCGGGACGGCGUAUCCUAGCAACGGCGCGGCCGCCCCCGGAAGUGGCUCGGAUGGCAGCGGCGGGCGGCGCGAUGAGGGGAGUGAGACAAGAAGAGUUCAGUGAUCUGACCAAGGUUCUCCAGUGAGUUUGUUACAGAGCACAGCUCCCAAUUCCUAGAAGAUAAAGAAGGCUCUGAAAUUAUCUUGCUUCAUAGCAUAAACCAAUAUUUGAUUGUGUACCGUUCUGUAAGGAUCGCUGUCAUGGUACUUAAGGUCUUCUUUCCUUCGUGCUGCUCCUCAGCAGAAAGUGGCAUUUUGAUCGGUCGUUGGAUCUCAGAACAGAACUCUGCUGUUAUCCUUGCAGUGGUCCAUUUCCCUUUUAUUCCAGUCCAGGUGAAGCAAUAUCUCAGUGAAGUCCAGCAGGUGACGAAGAUCAAAGUUUCUGUGCUUGGCUCGUGGAGCAACAGCAAACAGGAGAAAGAAGAGAGUCUGAGUAAGUUCUUGGAAGACCUUGGGACAAUAUUUUCCCAUAAGCCGUGGAUUCAGAUAAGCAAAGAGAGAGACAGCAAAUUUUGGAGUUGUUCUACCCUUCAGAAACAGUCUAACAGCCCUAAGGAAGAAGAAAUCAUCUUAGUAUAUUAUGACCAGCGCAAAGUCAUGCUUUCCUAUCUACAUCCCCCAGUGGACAUAGCUACCUCCACUGACUGUAAGGCAGAUGAUGCUUCAAAGCUCGCUGCCAUGUUUAACACAGUUGCAAACAGCAAGAUAUUGUUCAUGACAGACAGAUAUGAUGAUGGGCCCAUCAAGUUGACCCACUGGCAGUCAGAUGGAGUUGAAGCUAGUAUCAUUGUGGAGCUGAUGAAGCAGGCCUCUGUGCCUGCAUGUAUGCUGUUGACAUUCCUGCUGUCACUUACCUCUGUGAUCUGUAAGAGCAGAAUGCUGAAGUUUUGGCCUUUGUCUUUCUUAUGGAGUAAACUCUCGACUUGUGAGCAGUUGGGACAUCGGCUGCAGCACCUCCAGGUCAUCAGCAGCAACAAGAAGGCUCAAAAUCAGAUCCAACUAAUGAGGAAAGCCAACAUCUUUGUCUCACUGCUGACUGAUGUUGCUCUGGGGAUACUGCUAAUGUCCUGGCUGUACAGAAAGAACCGGAUUGGUCACCUUGCUGACACUCUUAUACCUGUGGCUGAUCAUAUAGCUAAAGAGCUCCAGGACCUGCUCCAGUGGCUAAUGGGAGCACCAGCUGGACUGAAAAUGAACCGAGCUUUGGAUCAGGUUUUGGGUCGUUUCUUCCUUUACCACAUCCAUCUUUGGAUUAGCUACAUUCACCUGAUGUCUCCAUUCAUUGAGAUGAUACUCUGGUAUGUUGGUCUCUCAGCUUGUCUGGGCCUGACUGUGGCUCUUUGCAUCCUCUCUGAUAUCAUUGCUCUUCUGACCUUCCACAUCUACUGCUUCUAUGUCUACGGAGCCAGGCUCUACUGCCUGAAAAUUUAUGGCCUGUCGUCUCUUUGGCGCUUGUUCCGUGGGAAGAAGUGGAACGUCCUCAGACAGCGGGUAGAUUCCUGCUCCUAUGACUUGGACCAGUUAUUUAUUGGCACUUUGCUAUUUACAAUCCUGCUGUUCCUUCUGCCUACAACUGCACUGUAUUAUUUGGUGUUUACCCUGCUCCGUUUGCUGGUGGUGGUUGUGCAAGGCUUGAUACACUUGCUAGUCGACCUGAUUGACUCCCUGCCUCUUUAUUCAAUCAUCCUUCGGCUCUGCAGACCCUACAGACUUGCAGCUGGUGUGAAGUUCAGAGUUCUUGAACAGAAGCAUGGAAAACCUCUUCGACUCCUUAUGCAGAUCAACCCUCUAUCAUAUGGCAGUGUGGUACAGACGUACAGGCUGCCAACCUACAGCUGUUACCCCAAGGAUUCCUGGACAUCCCUCUGCAAGAAGCUGUUCUUUGGAGAGCUGAUCUACCCUUGGAAGCACAAAGGAGAGAAGCAAGACUAAAGAAAGCAAAGGAACGAAGUUUGACAGACUUGGCCAGAAUAUUGAAUCCUAAUGCUUGGAACCAGCAGCUGCUGGAUCCCUUUAAUUACAUUUUGGUAACAUGUGAGAGGGGCUGAAUUUUUAAAGGCAAGUAUUUUUAAACAUUCUUCUUCAACUUUCUCCUUCCCCUACACUGUGUUUGGACUGAUUUGGUUUCCAGGCUGUUUCCUGUUCAUACAGUGAUAUUCUACCCUAGAUUACAAACUGUCUGCCUGGUGGCACCAGCAGGUAACGAUCAUUUUUAAAGCAAAAGCUUAGGCCCAUCAGUGCCUCAUGGAACCAGCAUUCAGUGUAAUCAAGGAAGUAGCUCCUGUAUGUCUUGGUAAUUUAUAUCUUUCCAUGUAAGUUCACAGGACCACAUUAAAACAGCCCUUGGAGCCAUUCAAAGCCGCAGUGUUGAGGUGUGUUAUGCCUCUGCGUAUUUUGGAUCUUUUAUGCUUCAAUAUUCAAGCCAGCUGAUCAAAACCAGUCAAGGAGAAUCAGCUUUUAGAGUCACACACUGAAAACAGUACAGCUGGGUUAUCUGGGUUCCUAGGAUAUGUAUUCUUUUGCCUCUGGUUGGGCUCAGAUUCACAGCAAGGUGCUGAGCAUAGAAACAGCAGGGGCAGGAGGCCCAGAAACACAGAACGCUGUGCAUCUGAGCCUGCAUGAAAAAUCUCAUCUACAUUUUCAAAAGCAAAUAAUGAUUUAGGGAAGCUGAGCCCUAAGCUAACACCAGAACUGGAAAUGCAGAGAGCACAGCCUCAAACUCUAGACUGCUCCAGUUUAGAUGGCAGCUGCGAGGUCUGUGCCCUACCAAGGUUCAGGGCUUCUUUGCAUAGUCGUGAUGUAAGGCAAACACAGUGUUGUUGAAUCCAGCCCCAGCUGGUAUGUGUACAAGAGGACUGCAGCAACCUUGCAUGCUGUGUGGAUUGACCAGCUCAGGGAAGCGUGUGCUGCACUCCCUUACAGGGUCAGCACAUCCCCCUGUGUCUCAGGACCCAGUUAAGAGCCUUUCAGUGUGGUGCCUCAUCUUUUGCAUCUUCUGAUAGUCAAGAAGCUUUUAAAGUUAUCUCAGCUGAAGCCUUUAAAGCCACUUCUUACCCUGAAACUGCAGAUACAUUUCUCUUAGGAGAAUUUUUGUUCCUCAUAUACUGCCUCCACAGUACAGCAGUGCUCAGCUUUUCUGUGUCCCAUUCUAAUGGCAUAUUCAUUUUGAUGUCUCUUCCUCUUUCAGGUGUGUCUUCUAUUCUCUCUCUUGGGGAGUGUGUUCCUAUGCACUUGUGUAGUGUUCCAGUGUGUAUGUUGUUGUUGUGUAGACGUUUACAUACAGUCAUAACCUGGAGUAUACUUUCUCCAGGUCUGCGUGCUCCUCUUGCCCUGGCUCAAGCAGUGAUGUAGCGUCACUACAUCAUGUUGCCACUUUGCACCCCUGAAAUGACUGCAUUAAUUAGAGGUGAAAAGGCAUGCUGAAUUCUGCCCCCUCUUCCUCUGCCCCAGAGUGCUCUGUCUCUCUCCAAGGAGACUGAGGAUGGAGGAGAAGCAGGGUGUGUGUGUUACGUCUGCAUUGCUUGGCCUUUCUCUGGAGGGCUGCCUGUGUAUUCCAAUGUGACUAGGUCAGGGCAAAGCAAGGAGCCACAGCUAAUCUGCUGGAGCAGAAGGCCAUCAGGAAGAAGGCGCCCUGGACUUUUGGGGCUUUAGUAGCCUUCAGUCAGCACCUCCACUGGCAGGAUAACUGGAGGAGGAGUCUUCUACCCAGUCCCAUAUCUCAUCCAUGUACUUGAGCUUAACACAGAACGGAAGGAGUUAUGGUCCCAGGAAUGUAGGCUGCCUUAAUACACCCCUGGUCAGAUAUAUUGUGUUUGUCUGUAGCUACUAACAGGCUCUCACAGUACAGCUGCUGCCUUUUCAGCCGUAACUUGAUCAGAGCAAAAUGAAGCUCUGUAGGCAGGUUUUUGGUCCCGACAUUCCUUAGCAGGCAAAUGCAGGAACUGCCAAGUUUUUGCAGUUUUCUUAAGGAUGUCAUGAGGGGAGGUAGUAUUACACAGGCACUGCUACCAAAAGAAAAUUUCUUAUUUCUUUAAUCCAUAGAAAAAGGGGGUAUCAUUGAAAGAAACUAAUGCGGUAAAAGCCCCACCACCACUGCAGGUUUUGAGUGGAACAUUGUCCUGUCCUUAGCUGCAGACACUGGAGAGAUCUAUGUUCUUUAACAACCACUGCUUAAAAUUUAUGUACAGUGUGUUCUUGUUUUGGAAUAUCAAUACACAAGUAUUUUUCCCCAGUCUAAGUUUGAAUAAGUCCAGAUUGUGAUCCAUUUAAGGGGCGAAUGGUCUAAAUGAUGUUUCCUCUUCAGCUUAAGUCAGACUCAUGGAGAGCCAUCCUUACCUGGCCACUCAUUAGAGUAGAUUUACACUUUAGCUUCCUCUCAUGUUUCCACUGUAGUAGCUAAAUGAUAUUCCCCCCGUUUCCUCCCAUGACUCUGCAUAGCUUGCUUUAGUAACUGAUGAGCGAAACUUUUUUGGAGGGGCGAGGAGAGUCUUAUGAAAAUAAUGUUCCUACUGGCUUUUAAAAAUUUAUGAGACAAAACAGCUCACAGUGGUCAUAAUCAUGGAUGACCUUUAGGAUCAAGUGACCUGAAAGCCCCAGAGCCAGCACACAGCCAUUAAAACUGGCAAAUGUAGCCUUCCUACUGGGAAUCUGCCAAACAUAUUGGACAUUCCAGUGUUAAAUCAGUUUACUAAAGACUGGUACCGACUCAGGGAAUGGUACAAUAUCAACCUGACAAAAAGCUCCUCCAUCAACCCUAGAUCCUGAAUCUUGUGAGACAGAGUACUUUGAGUAACCCAGCUAGGAAAUAAAAGCUUCUUGUGGGUGUGAUUCUCCUGCUCCUGUGUCACGCAAAACUGGUGCCUGAGCUGUCUUCUCACUGUUAUUCAUACUCUGAGUACUUGUUGCCCAUGACAGUAUUUGAGCCUGUGAGUUUCUUCUACUGCAUAUUUACUGUGUCUGUCCUCUUCUUUUUCAGUCACUAAUGUAAAAUAGUCUUCCUUCACCCUUUUCUGAUUCUGCACAAAGACUUUACAAGUUAACAGACAUCCUGCUCAGGAACAUUUGACUUUAUGUCAUCUCUCUAAUUAGAAGGUAGGAUCAGCACCAUCUUCCACAGCAAUGCAGACUGUGGCCUAGCAUUGGCAUUUCCUCUGGGAAGAGAUUGCCAGUGUGGUUAUUGCAUUAAUUUAUCCUCACAUCCAUAUUAGCUGGCUCUCUAGUCCUUGGAUGAGAAGCUGUUGAAACUUUCACGCCUUCUCUGACUCCUACCACACACCCCGUUUUAGCAGGCACCAAGCAGUCUUUGUCGACCAUCCCUCAAAGAUUGUAAUCUUGUAGACUUUUUUUUAAUACUGCACUUCCUUAUCAUUGCUUCUUCUGCCUUACGGUUGCCAGUGCUGGGACAAAAUUUGGUAUGUCUCUACAUAAGCAUGAUUUUUGUGAAGGAAAAAAGUAGUUCACAGCAUGUUAAAGUCCCUUCUAGAUAGAAAUUUUGCCUUUGAGAAAUACUUUCCUUUCCUAACCAGACUAGCACGUGAUGAUGUUGAAAGGAAAUCACAGCAAUUACCCUGCUCUAAAGGCUCUGUUUGUGGUUUUGGGAGUUUUCCCUGAUCCUGCAGCUGGACUGUGCCUUGUUCUAGCAGCACAUGUGAAUACAGUGUCAGGCCCGCACAUAUGGAUUACACAAAUGUGCAAGAGCAUUGCACGUAUGUGUAAUCAAUAUGUUGACUUACACUCUGCUGCACACGCUGCAGUGCUCUCAGCAGUGGUGGUACAGAUGGUAAUUAACAGGGAACACUUCAGUGCAGAUACUUAGUCCCUCCAUGUGUAAACCUCUGCCUGAAGCCAACAGGAGUGGAGUGCAUGAUGACGCCCACAUGGCCGUCUCACUGUAGUGAUUUUGAAAGGAGGAGUAUGCAGUGCACCAAACACAAUUCCCAAACCCUUUAGAAGUAUUACACAAGUCCCCAUCCUCUCAGGGAGAGGACUGGAGGGUGGGGUGGAGGGGCAGGGAAUCAGUUCUUCUGCCUACUGUCCUGAUGCAUCUUAGCAGGACAGUCAUGCUGAAAGCACCUAACAGCCAGGUUGUUCCCCGAGGCUGUCAGAUACUGUAGUGCCUGCCAGCUCCAAUUGCAGAUUAGGAAGAUGCAGAGACCUGCCUCCUGCCCUCAUCCUGUUAAAGUUGGUGAGCUCUAUUAGAGACAUCUGUAAAGCUGUAGCACCCUCAGUGGAGCUACACAAUUCCAUCCUUGAAAUAGGCACCCACCACAGAGAGAACACAGGUCUUAUGGCUCUGUUGAAAAGCUACCACCUAGAGCACCUUGCUUAGUAUGGUAGUAGCUACUUCAACUGUAGCCACACCAGGACUGAUGUCUCCAAUGUAAUCCAGACCGUAGGAUCUAAGGGACAAGGCUGUCCAUCUGUCUGUCCAAGUAGCUCUAACUUCACAGAGGAAUCACAAGUGCAGGCAGUUUUCUUCUAAUAGCAUUAUCUUACAGCAGGUAGGAAAUUCUCCUGCUUUGUCAUCACACAGAUAAUGAGUUGCUUUCCAUAUGCCAUGUGCUACCUGAUUGUACUUAUGCAACACCACCUUCUUGCUUGAUUGUCUUUUGAAAUACUCAAGCCCUUACUGAUUUACUCUUGUGCUUCAAUCUGCUGAUUACACCAUCAUGUUAGGUUGAGCUAAGAGACAUCAUAAUUCACAUCUCAUCAGCAAAUCUGAAGGAUUUGCUGGUCCCAUGUUCCCUUUGUUCCCGAGCAGUGGUAUUUAGAGACCUGCUUUUCUUUUGGGUGUUAUCUAAGCCCUCAGCAGUUCCGGAAAGUUGCCUGCUCAUUAUAGGCAGUUACCUGAAUGGCUCUUCGACAGCUUUUUUGGAUCUGGUAGCUGAGAGAGUGUUUGCACUCCAGCCAAGCUCACUAUGCCUGCAUUAAACCUAGAAGUGGAAACACUGAGAGAUGUGGGGCAGAAACCCCCAAGCUAGUUGCAUGCAAGUCUGUUUGGAUCUGAGAGAGCUGCCUUUGUGUGGUGCUCUGAAGCUCUUCAUGCAUAAUCUGUGGCAGUGCACUGUGAAUACAGAUAGGAUGUGUCUGGAUCUCAGCUGAUCCAGCCACAUGACACAAGGCCACAGGGCUUACCAACUAGUUCAGCAGCUAGCUUUUAGGGUGUAUUCCACUGUGCAGGAUAAACAUAUUGAGAACAAGGCUAACCUUAUGUGAGCAGCUGAUCUGCCUUCCCAGAUGAGAUUAGUGUGCCCAUCACCUUUCCAUCUGGCCAACCAUUUUGCACUGGGAGGUCUGAACAGUUGUUUGCAAGAGUCUGGCCCCUUGAAUCUCAGCUCAGCUUCAGAUGAUAGCUUGAUCUCCAAUGUUUAUCCACGUUUGAGUCUGGGCAUCAAACCAAGAAUGCCCAGACUCCCCAUUUUUUGUCUCAGCCAGCUGCAUAUCGGGAGGAUACGUGUAAUCAUAAAUGCCGAAAGCAAUAGAAAGUAAACCCUUCAUUUCUAAACAGGGCUGUGAUGUAGCUUGGAAAGCAAGUGGAAGUCCUGUCCUGGGUUCCUCCCGGGAAGCAACAGAGCCACUGCCCAGUUUGCAUUCAGUAGGGGUAGAGAGAGGCUGUAGGUACAUCUUGCAACCACAGUGUUAUUUAAGAAGCAUCUGGCACUGGGAAAAUGCAUGAGAGCUUCACAACAGCUGUUCUAAUCAAACCUCCUACUUAUAAUCUCUUCUGUUUUUAAAUAAAAUACUAAAAAAGAGUGCUGGAAUCUUUGCAGUUUAAUUAGAAGUGUGUGUGCACGUGUGGGUAUGUUUGUGAACACAGAAGAUGAGGAGGAAGUUUGAUGUGCAGGGCUAGUUAAAAAGCACUGGUACAUGGUCUCAUUGAUUCCACAUAAACUACCAAGUGCUAAGCAGGAACAAAGUGCUUUAGUAGAAAGUGCAAUAGCAGAAAAACAGUGUUUGUUUUAAAAUGCCACUGUUACGCCAUUUGAAGCUGUAACUUCCUUCCCACCACAGCCCUGAUUUAAAGCGCAGCAGCCUGGCUUAACAGUCCAGUGAACAAACCCUGGCUUAGUAAACAGAUUUGCCUCACUCUUAUCACAGUGCAGUUUAUCCAAACAGAAAUGCAUGGCAGAGCAAUGGAGGUGCUAGCAGGGCUUGUACUAAUGGGUCCAUGCACGGCUGGGAUGAGACAGGUUCUGUGUGUACCAGUCACACAUGCUUGUAUUUGACAGUUUAGGGGUGGGGAUCUUUGUUCUCCUGACAGGUGUGGAUUUUUUGGUUAAUUAAACUUUUUAAUCAGAAUUUAAAUGGAUUUUGAUUACACUAGAAUAAAGAUGUUUGGAUAAAAA